AUGUCGACAACGCAGACCCAAAUGGCGCCCGCUGAGGUCACCACGGCUGCCAACGAGCCGCAGAUCCCCGAGCUCACAUACACGGUCGCGCAGACCACCGAAGAAAAGCGCGAUGCUUUGCGCCUGGUCGCAGACACAAUUGCGCAACAGCGCCAGGUUGCCUCCACCACCAUCAUCUUCCACCCGGGUGUUUUGGGUCCCUUUGUUGCUAUCCUAUCUGGGCUCGUUUACCGCAGCGGCCGCGACUGGAUUGGCGCCGUCAUCCUAGUCUCUGGCGUCAUUGUUGCCUACCUUGCAUCUGUGCAGUACUACACGUACUUUUAUUUGCAGCGCGCCGAGAACUUCAACUGGAGGGAUUUCAUCACGCCUUCGGCCGACAAGCCUGAUCAGCAAGACACAGUCCUGUUCGCUCGCUACGGCGACAACAUAAUUGCGACCGUGGUCUUGCGCAUUGAAGAAGCUGAGAAAUCGCACAAGACAGCCUCGCAGCGGCGCGGAAAAGGAUCGGCCGCUCAUAUUCGGGCGUGGGCCACGCGCCUGCGCUACAGGGGCACGGGCAUUGGCGGUGAUAUGCUGCGCGAGGCCGUAGCCCUCGCCCGCUCCUCGCUGGGCCCGGCGGCCACUAUUGAAUUCAGCUACCCUCAUGCCCACACCGUCGAUACCACGAGACACUUCACUGCGCCGUUUGCGCGACGCGAGGAGAGAGCACAGCAAGCUCUAGCGCAGGCGAUCAAGGACGUUGACGCGGCAGCCGAUCGAUGA